CACAGAGCAGCAAGCACUCAACAAAUGUUUGCUGAAUUGAAUUGAAUAUCUUACUGUGAACAAGGUGUGGACUGAAACAGCUGAACCUGGGAACCAAUUGUUAGAAAGAACAGCUUAGCAUCAACUCUUCUGAAACAGAAAUCCUCAGAAUUGGCAGUUUCUCAUUCAUUCAUCCCACAAACAUUUUGAGUGCCUGUUGUAAACCUGGUUCUAUGUUGGAUAAUGAAUAAGAUGCGAUACUAGCUCACAGCCUGGGCUACAGCUUAAAUGCAGAAGGCUAAAAAUUUAACCAGCUUCUUGGGGCUCCAUUUUUAAUACUAAUUCAUUCAGAAAAUGCAACAGGAGGUGGUGCUACAGAAAAUCAGAAGUCUUUAGGAACUGCACUAGGGUUCUCUGAUAGUCAAGAAAACUAACAGUAAAAAUCUGCCCUUAAGUAUUUUAAGUUAAAAUCCAUGUUCAGUGGUGCAUAACUGUGGGGUACCAACCCAGUAUUUACUUUGAGAAAAGUAUCCAAUCUUGCUCAAAGGUAUCAAAUCUGUUGUAGGUGCUGAAGUGGGAUGAGCUUCUGUCUAAGCUAGGUUCCUCUAGUUCUGUAGUACACAGCCAGGUUCCUCUAUUUUUACAAAAGAAUAAUGUGUUCUUUGUUGUCUGCCUAUAGAUUUAAUAUCUAAAAGAUUCAAGUCUCCCUAAUUGACAAUCCAUGCCCAUGGGACCAGUUCAUAACAGAAUUAAGCUGUGAAGUGACUCAAUCUGGCACCUCCCCAAAGCUCAGCUGGUACUGCUAUUUUUUCAGAACAAGACAUUCAUUUUCCUCUAAACCUACUAAACUCGAUCCAUGUAUAUGUUAAAUUGCCAAAAAAGGAAUUUACCUGAACUGUAUUAGGCUUAAACUGAAUUAUAAGAUAUCAGGUCCUUGGUUUUUAACAAAUUCUUUUUUUUUUUUUUUUUCCUGAGACAGGGUCUACAGGAUCUUGCUCUGUCGCCCAGGCUGGAGUGCAGUGGCACAAUUAUAGCUCACUGCAACCUCUGACUCCUAGGCUCAAGCAAUCCAACUGCCUCAGCCUCCCGAGUAAUAAAUUCCAUUUUAAGGUUGUUUGCCAAUUUCAUUGUCUCUGCAAACUAAUUUAUCCUUUGAAUCCAAUGAUGAGAACUGCAAUCCUAAGGUUUCUCUUUUUGCUUUGGCUGCCAGGAAUUUCAGAGCUAAAUGUAGGCUUAGAUUCUUAAAGUGCCUGGCACAUCUCUCUCUUCCUGUAAUCUAGUUUCUGAUCUUUCUCUUCCAUUUUUAACUUUCUAAUCUGCACUGUCCAGUAUGGUAGCCACUAGUCACGUACAUUUGACAGGUAGGCUAGUCCAAAUUGGGAUGUGCUGUGAGUGUAAAAUAUCUCAGUAAGUUUUAAUAUUGAUUACAUAUUGAAUGAUUUUUUGAUAUAUUGAGUAAAGUUAUUAAAAUUAAUUUCGCCACUUCAUUUUACUUAUUUUGGCUACUAGAAAAUUUUAAAUUAUAUAUAUGGCUUGCAUUUGUGGCAUUAUAUUUCUAGUGGACAGCACUAUUCUGCAAAUCAUCUGUUUUAUGACUGUGUUAUUAUUGUAAACCUGAAAUCCUUUUGGAAAGCAGGUGAAGUAAUACAAAUAAUAAUACAAAGGUGGCAGCAGUGGAUGGAAUGAGAAAGGGGAGGUCGACUGGGACAAGUUCUUGUCCUUAUCCUUGUCAAUUUGUCUUUUGCUUGUGUGAUUCACAUACAAACCCCUUGGUAAAGUGUGUUGUCAGCUCUCUUUAUCCCAGGUGAGUAGUAUUCUCAUGGCUCUCCCUUGUCUCCAGAAAAACCUCAGCUUUACUUUAGCUAACAAAUUGGAAACGAUCUGAUAAGACAAUUCACACCACAUUGCAAGUGACUGAUAACAACCUUGUGUUCAUCCCUGUCAGGGAGUAUUUCCAUUUUAACCGGAAACAAUCCCUGAACCCACAGGAAUGAAUCCCUAAUGGUGGAGUUUCAGCCAUCAGUGACAGGUGAGUGAGAGGUAGACUCUGGUUUUGUGUGUGUGUAUGUUUAUAUGUGUAUGGCUACAUUCAGGAUAGGGCUGAAAGUAGGGUCUUUGGAUGGAAAGGUAAUGGGGCUGGCAGAGAAGCCAAGCGGAGAAGGUGGCAAAUCCCCAGCUGGGCCCGACUGAGAGGGGUGGUCAGACACCAACCAGAUGCGGUGCAGGCCCUCAAGGAUUUGCUAAGCAAUAGAAUAGCCCAGUUGAUGUCACCAGAGGGUGGGUAUCAAGACAGUCUCCACAGUAACUACUGUAGAGUAACAGAAAAGGUCUCAGAGUAGGAUUCAGGAGAUGAUGACUGCAGUCUACAACUGACUCAUUGGCUUAACUCUGGGCAAGUCCUUUUACCCCUUGGGUUUCAGUUUCUUCAUUUGGCAUUUUCCAGACAAAGAAAUGGGUGUUCAACUCUCAAAUGAGUUCUAAGAGAUGUGAAGGUGCUCUGAGAAGUAGAAAGUGCUCUAUACAUGGAAGGAAGAGUGAUUCAUAUCUUAAAAUGGAAAUACAGCCAGGCAGGCCUAGAGUAGUAGAGGAUAGAAAGCAGGGAUGGAGGACUAUGGGGAAACCUGAAGGCGGGUGUACUUGAAACACCGGUCUUUCUCUGUCCUCCCAGGCUGAACCCAGACUCCCAGGGCACCUGCUUGCACCUGAUGAAUGAUGGCCUGAACUAUGAACAAACGGGACUAUAUGAACACUUCGGUACAGGAGCCCCCCCUUGACUACUCCUUCAGAAGCAUCCACGUCAUUCAAGAUCUGGUAAAUGAGGAGCCAAGGACAGGACUACGACCACUGAAGCAUUCAAAGUCGGGGAAAUCACUGACCCAGUCCCUGUGGCUGAAUAACAAUGUUCUCAAUGAUCUGAGAGACUUCAACCAGGUGGCUUCACAGCUGUUGGAGCACCCAGAGAACCUGGCCUGGAUCGACCUGUCCUUUAAUGACCUGACUUCCAUUGACCCUGUCCUAACAACUUUCUUCAACCUGAGUGUCCUCUAUCUUCACGGCAACAGCAUCCAGCACCUGGGGGAGGUGAAUAAGCUGGCUGUCCUUCCUCGGCUCCGGAGCCUGACACUCCAUGGGAACCCCAUGGAGGAAGAGAAAGGGUAUAGCAGGGCCCUGGACUCCCCCACCUGUCCUGUACUCUGGUCUUCCCUCCCUACCUCCCUCCACCCCAGGAACCAGGUAGGGACCAUGUCCCCUGCCAUUGCACUGGCCUUCCUGCCACUGGUGGUAACAUUGCUGGUGCGGUACCGGCACUACUUCCGAUUGCUGGUGCGCACGGUCUUGCUGCGAAGCCUCCGAGACUGCCUGUCAGGGCUGCGGAUCGAGGAGCGGGCCUUCAGCUACGUGCUCACCCAUGCCCUGCCCGGUGACCCUGGUCACAUCCUCACCACCCUGGACCACUGGAGCAGCCGCUGCGAGUACUUGAGCCAUAUGGGGCCUGUCAAAGGUCAGAUCCUGAUGCGGCUGGUGGAGGAGAAGGCCCCUGCUUGUGUGCUGGAAUUGGGAACCUACUGUGGAUACUCUACCCUGCUUAUUGCCCGAGCCCUGCCUCCUGGGGGUCGCCUUCUCACUGUGGAGCGGGACCCACGCACGGCAGCAGUGGCUGAAAAACUCAUCCGCCUGGCCGGCUUUGAUGAGCACAUGGUGGAGCUCAUCGUGGGCAGCUCAGAGAAGGUGAUCCCGUGCCUACGCACCCAGUAUCAGCUGAGUCGGGCAGACCUGGUGCUCCUGGCACACCGGCCACGAUGUUACCUGUGGGACCUGCAGCUGCUGGAGACCCAUGCCCUACUGCCAGCAGGUGCCACUGUGCUGGCUGACCAUGUGCUCUUCCCUGGUGCACCCCGCUUCUUGCAGUAUGCUAAGAGCUGUGGCCGCUACCACUGCCGCCUCCACCACACUGGCCUUCCAGACUUCCCUGCCAUCAAGGAUGGCAUAGCUCAGCUCACCUAUGCUGGGCCAGGCUGAGGUCCAGGCCCAGGGGUACUUAGUGAUGCCCACACCCACCUCCACCCCCACCCAAGCAGGGACCUCAGAAUCCCCUCCCUUUCCUGUUUGGGGCCUUGACACAUGCUGGGCUCAGGGCUAGGGAGUCUCCCUUCCCACCUCUUACCCCUUUCAGCCUCUACACUGACCUCAAGUGUCAAGUUCUAUCAGGCUGCUUGAUCUCACUAGGCCCCCUCUUUCCAGAGAGAACCAUGGACAGCAAGAAGCCU